AUGCUCUCAGGGAAGACGAUAAAGUUCAUCGUGUAUGAGGGGCUGCAGUUCGCCGCUCUCGUCGUGCCCAUCUUUGUGAUCAUGGAGCGAUUCGCCAGGCUCAUGCGGGACAUGGAAGGGCACAGCGUGACUGCGUACUGGCUUGUAGUGGCCGUCUCGAUCGCCUACGUGACCUCUGUGACCCUGCUGGUGUGGGUUCCUCUCAAAUACGUGAUCCUGAAGCAGCGGAGGUUCAUCACAGAGAUCUCUCAGUGGAGACCAACAGCGUUGGUGUAUCUAAUCCUGUGUACUUUCCCAUGUUUUGCCAUUCUGAUAGCCAGCUCCAAGGUCCAGGUGGACAAGGGAAUCAAGCGCCAUCAUUUUUCUGAGCUGCCCGUUUCCUUGGUGCUUUUCUCGCUCAUCUGUGUGGAUAUCAUAGAAAGGAUACGACCUCGCAGGCUCAUGGGCAAAUCUGACAGCCUGGAUUCUGACCUUGACAUGCCGAGCCCCGUCCUCACCCACCUGCAGCAGGUGACCACUGUUUCAAGCCAGCUGCACGCUGAACAAGUUCCAAACAGUUCGACUCCAAACCAGCCGGAAGCCAGAAAUGGCAGCACCACUAGCAGACGUCAGGAUCCCUCUGACUCUCCCAGUCGUUCAACUCUCAACGCUCGGCCACCCGGUGCCACCUACUUGUACUCGUCAUCCUCACGUCCUUUGACCCACUCGGGUCCCCUUCGCUUCCUGUGGAAGAAGGAUGUGAGGUCGGAGGUGUUUGUGGAGGGGUUCAUGUUCUGGUUGGACACUGUAGAGAUGGUGCGAGUUGCAGGAGACCCAUCAGUGUUCUACUCAGCCUGGGUGUUCCCAGUUUACAUCGUGGCCUUCCUGUCCUCUCUCCGGGUGAUUAUAACUCCCCACAGCUCCUUGUUGAGUUUAGCCGGCGUUGCUCUGCAGGAUCUCCCUUUCUUUGUCAUAAGAGUUGCUUUGAUUGGUGUGUUUGGUUUUGUAACACCGUUGUUGUAUCCACUGAAAAACAUCCUGGUGAGCCUGACUUAUAUUUACUUUACAUGGUUGACCAAACUGAGUGUUUUUAAGAGGCAGAGCAUGUUCUGA